CGGCCCUAUCCCUUGUCAUGCCGGCUCCUAGGGGCGCUGCGUCCCACCGGCUCAUCUCGUCAGGGCCGCUGCGCACCGGUUCCUGUGCCACGAUGCUUGAGGCGGCGCAGAAGCAGGCGCUCCUCGACGUGCUCGCCCUUUGGGACGACGAUGAGGACGGAGACCCGGUCGAGUGCAUGGUCGGUGUGGAGUACGAGCUCACGACCUUUGUCGAGCGGCUCGGCGAUUCAGGCGCUGAGGCUCUGAUCCCAGCAAUGGAGGAAGUGUUCGACGCGGUGCUCGGCGAGAGCGACGAGGCUUGCACCUCGGUCAAGAAAAUGCGGGCCUAUCUGAACAAGUGAGACCCGGCGGAGCAAGCUGAGCGGCGGAGCGGUCGUAGAGCAGCCUCGGCCCGCUCGCCGACCAGCACGUGCUGCCAGCAGGCGGGAGCGCACCCCGCCACGCGGCCACUCUCAUGUGCGGGGAGGGGAAGGGGAAAGAGAGCGCUGUGGUACGACAAAAAGGUCAACAGUGACAAA